CACCGGGUUUUCCCCUCCCCUCUCCUCGCUCCCCUCUCCAAUCGAGCCCAGCGAAUUCAUCACCCAAGUCACCAGUUCGCCCCCCCUCCGAUCUCAAUGCCGCCCCGGGGUCAAACCCAGCGGUCGCUGUGAGCCGCGGCGGAGAGAUCCCGCGCGCCAAUUGGCGUCGCCCACCCCCACCUCACCCAGACCCCGUGCAAGGCCGCGCGCGGCCUCCCCGUCCGACGCCCUGGAGCCGUCGCAGCAGGAGGCGCUGAAGCCUUCCCCGACCAACGGCCGCAUUCGCUACCGCUCGCCCUCCGCGGCCGAUCUGCUCCCCGUCGAUGACCUCACCGUUGGCCCCUCCGCCGCCGAUGCCGCUGCGGCUACUGCGGCAGCCGCCAGGAUGCGCCGCUUCUCGGCCGCCGGCGCGCGCCAGCAGCAGGGGGAGGCCGUCUCCGACCGCCUGCACCGCUACCGCGGGGUGCUGAUGGUGGUGCUCUCGCCGGUGCUCCUCGUCUCCUUCGUGCUCCUCCUCAUGCCGCGCUCCCCGGCCUCCGUCACCGGCGGGGCCUCCGGCGUGCUCGUCGCCACUGGAGGCAGGAGGUGGGGACCCCAGGCCGUCGGCGGAGUUGGUGACGGAUCGAACAGGUACGCGGUGAUAUUUGACGCCGGAAGCUCCGGGAGCCGCGUGCACGUGUACUGCUUCGACGAGAGCCUGGAUCUUGUUCCUAUAGGGAAUGCGAUCGAGCUGUUCAAGCAGAAAAAACCAGGCUUGAGUUCUUAUGCCAAGGAUCCUCAGGAGGCUGCCGAGUCACUUGUUUCUCUUCUUGAGGAAGCUGAAAAAGUAGUUCCUGUAGAAUUGCGUGAGCAAACACCUGUCAGGGUUGGGGCCACCGCAGGUCUCAGAGCAUUAGGAGCUGAAAGGUCUGAAGAAAUUUUGCAAGCGGUUAGGGAUCUCCUUCGUGACAAGAGUUCCUUCAAAUCCCAACCAGAUUGGGUCUCUGUUCUAGACGGAUCUCAGGAAGGUGCAUUCGCGUGGGUUACCAUCAACUAUCUGUUGGAGAAAUUGGGAAAGCCUUACUCACACACUGUUGGAGUGGUUGACUUAGGUGGUGGUUCUGUCCAAAUGGCUUAUGCUAUCUCAGAAAAGGAUGCAGCAAAGGCUCCUCAAGUUUCAGAUGGCAAAGAUUCAUAUGUGAAGAAGCUGGUACUUAAGGGAACAACAUAUUAUCUUUAUGUUCACAGUUAUUUGCAUUACGGUUUGCUGGCGGCUAGAGCAGAGAUCUUAAAAGCUGGUGAAAACAGUGAUUACAGCAACUGCAUGUUGGAUGGAUAUCAUGGGAAAUACCAAUAUGGGGAUGAUACAUUUGAGGCCUCAGGUUCAUCAUCUGGUGCUACUUAUUCCAAGUGCAGGGCUGUUGCAGUCAGAGCUCUUAAAGUUGAUGAACCGGCAUGCACUCACAUGAAAUGCACAUUUGGUGGCGUGUGGAAUGGUGGUGGUGGAGAUGGACAGAAAAAUCUAUUUGUAGCAUCAUUUUUCUAUGAUAGGGCUGCCCAGGCUGGUUUUGUAAACCCUAAGGCAGCAGUUGCUAAGGUUAAACCAUCAGACUUUGAAGAAGCUGCACGACGUGUUUGUAAAUUGAAUGUGAAGGAGGCACAUGCCACCUACCCUGAUGUUUCGGAGGAAGACAUUCCAUUCCUUUGCAUGGAUCUUGUUUACCAGCACACAUUACUUGUGGAUGGAUUUGGUGUGGACCCCUACCAAGAUAUUACGUUAGUAAAGAAGGUGCGUUAUGGCAAUUCGUUUGUGGAAGCAGCAUGGCCCCUUGGUAGUGCCAUUGAGGUUGCAUCUUCAUCAUAGGCAGAAACAGCUUGGAAGUAACUUAUCAAAAAGAACCACCCAGCAUAUAGUUUUGGCUUAGCUUAUCAAUCUGGAAUAGCGAGUUCAGAUUCUAGGUUUGAUGUUAGGAUUUUGCCUUUGAUUCACCAUUUGUUCUCCAUCUUCCAUUCUAUUUAUUUAGCCUUUAAAUACAUUGACGUAUACAUGAGGAAUAUAGCUUGGAGUUGUCCCGUGCGGCCAUUUGAACGUCUAUUUUUUUGUACUAACGAAAGCCAGAUCAGAAACUUUGUAAUCCUUUUAGACUCUGAUGCAGAUGCAUAAAUCUGCACUAUUCAAUCUAGUUUCUGUUUAGUGAGUAGUUUCAUAAUAUCUUA